CAAGACUGCAGCUCAGCGAUGAUGGGAAGGACAGCAGCUGCUCGCGGGAAAACUGGCCACUGCCCGGCAAGCGCCCGCUAGGCCCCUUUGGGCUCUCCAGCCACUGUCAUGGCGACUGCGCCUCAGGGGCCGCUUUUCCGCUGACUCAGCCCUCACGUGCAGGCACGGCCGGCUAUCGCCGGGCUUUCCUCGGCACCUUUGCGGGGAGCUUCCUAUCGUCCGCAUCAUCCAAGUCCAACUAUCCCCCCGGCCCUUCCUGACUUCCUCCCCCAAUUGACUGUCCACUCCCCCAAUACCCCGAAGAUAAUAAUAAUAAUAUAUACCAUCAUGUUUGCCCGCCAGUGCUCCCGUCUGGUCUCCUCCCGUACCGCCAUCCCUCUAACCUCCUACCUCGCCCGCGGACGCCAAUUCUCCGCAACCGCAACCUCGGCAUACGAGCAUAUUCUCACCUCGACUCCCAAGCCAGGCGUAGGACUAAUCACCCUCAACCGGCCCAAAGCCCUUAACGCGCUCUCCAGUCCUCUCUUCGAAGAGCUCAACGAUGCCCUAACGACCUACGACACCGACAAAGACAUCGGCGCGAUCAUCAUCACCGGCAGCGAGAAAGCCUUCGCAGCCGGCGCCGACAUCAAAGAAAUGGCUCCCCUCACUUUCUCCAGUGCCUACAGCAACAACUUCAUCGCCCCCUGGUCCCAUCUCGCCAACACGAUCCGCAAGCCCGUCAUCGCCGCUGUCUCAGGCUACGCUCUCGGCGGUGGCUGCGAACUUGCCCUCAUGUGCGACAUCAUCUACUGCACCGCGACCGCUACUUUCGGUCAGCCCGAGAUCAAGCUGGGGGUUAUCCCCGGGGCUGGGGGGUCGCAGCGUCUAACUAAGGCCCGGGAAGGAGGCGGGCGAGUGGGGGUUGCGGCGGAGGUGGUGGAGGGAGGAAAGGACAAGGUCCUGGAGAAAGCGGUUCAGACGGCGGAGACGAUCGCGGGCUAUUCGAGGGUGGCGGUGGUGGCUGGCAAGGAGGUUGUGAAUAAGAGUUAUGAGAUCGGCUUGAAGGAGGGGGUUGAGUUCGAGAGGAGGUUGUUUCAUGGGUUGUUUGGGAGCAAGGAUCAGAAGAUUGGGAUGACGGCUUUUGCGGAGAAGAAGAAGCCGGAGUGGUCGAAUGAGUAAGUGAGGGGCUCUUGGAGAGCUGGGAGGAUGUGAAAGCUGGAAGGAUCUGUAAGUGAGAUAGUUCAUUUGUCAGCAUCAGAAUGAUUGUGCAACACCUACCUAUCAGUGCGACCUGGAAUGAAACUGGAUCGAUCAUUAAUCGUCUCGUAUUCAUGAUUAGUUGUCUCUAUGUACAUUAAGAUAUUAAAUUAUUACAAGAAAGCG